CGGAGUUAAUCAUGCACUUAAAAAAAGUAUGAAAUUGACUUACGGAUUUUUAAGUUCAGGUAGUAAUUAGAUAAAUAACAAAUUCAAGUAAUACGCGAAUUUCAAUUAUCUUCAUAUUUAUUUUAUUUACUGAGGGGCGGGCGAUAAAAUUCAGAAAAAGUAAAGGAAGACAAGGCAAAGGCAAAGGCAAAGGCAAAGGCAAAGACGGUUUUCGUUUUGGUUUUGCAAAAUAUAUAAAAUAGAUGAAUAAGUAAAUGAUAUAUGGAAGCCGAAACAGAAAAUACACUGUCUCAGUUUGUAGCUGUUGAAGCCAAUCUUUCUUUUUUUUCUUUGUUUCCUUUCUGUUUCAGAGAAGAUUCAUGGCGGCAACCCCAGAUCGUAACCCUGACUCUACUUAGUCACUGAGCAUACUGAUCAUGGAUGCAGAAGAGCAACAAGCUGAUCCAGAAAACGUGAAGGAGCAGGUAGUUCCUCUUCCAACAAAAAGUAUGACGUUGGUUUCUCCUAAUUCCUCUCAAGAUGCUGCCCCAGUAGCUCAUCCCAGGGAUGGCGCUGGUCAAUCUGGAUCAUUUGCUUCAGCUGGAGACCGUAACGUCUACUCGCCUACAAUCUAUGCACCUCAGCCUCAGGCUUUCUAUUACAGAGGUUAUGACAACUCUGCUGGUGAAUGGGAUGAAUAUCCACCGUAUGUCAAUGCUGAUGGACUAGAACUUGGAUCUCUGGGUGUCUUCAAUGAUAAUCCAUCACUUGUCUUCCACCCUGGAUAUGGCUACAAUCCACAAAUGCCGUAUGGGCUAUAUUCCCCGGUCUCAACUCCUUUGCCUUCUGUAGGUGGUGAUGCACAGUUGUACUCCCCACAUCAAUUUCCAUUCUCUGGACCACCAUAUUAUCAGCAGCUUGUUCCUCCGAGUAUGCCUUAUAUUUCUUCACCAUCUUCAGUUUCACAACCAGAGCUAACCACAUUAGUUAAUGUUGACCAACAAGGUGAUAACAUGCUUUUUGGACCAAGGCCUAGUUAUCCCACUCCAUUGGGAUCUUUUGGUAGAGGCAAUUCACAUGGAAAUCCCGGUACACUAGGAUUUAAUGAUUUACCACAAGGUUUUGAUGGAUUCAGGUCUGGAGGACUUUGGUCAGAUUGGUUGAGGCCUUCUGACAGACAGAGAUCUUUGACUCCUAUAUCGCCUGCAGUAUCUCCCCAGCCUAUUGGGCCAGUUGGGCAGAAUGUUCCAACGGUACCUCAGCAGCAAAGGUCAUUCUAUCCGUUAGGAUCAGGAAUGAACUCCUAUAGCAGAGGCUUCCUGCAAAGUGGUCUGAACCAAGGUGCUGGUUUUGGAAAUGCAUCAGUUCCUAGUUUAGGAGCAAAUAGCAGGGGCUGGCUAUCUUUUGAUGGUAAAAGACGACGUGGAAGAGACAGUGACAUCUCUCUAUGUGGUUGUAAUGGUGCUCUUGAUAUCCUUAGCGAGCAAAACCGAGGGCCAAGGGCCUCAAAACCUAAGAAUCAAAUCACAGCUGAUAAUAAUUCUUCCAUCGAUGAUAAUAAAAACAACAAAUCUUCAGCGAAGAUCCAUGAUGAUUCUUACAACAGACCAGAUUUCCCUACUGAUUACAAGGAUGCUAAGUUCUUCAUAAUCAAGUCAUACAGUGAAGAUAAUGUUCACAAGAGUAUCAAAUACGGUGUUUGGGCUAGUACACCUAAUGGGAACAAAAGGUUAGAUGCUGCUUACCGUGAGGCCAUGGAGAACCAAGACAAUUGCCCAUUGUUUCUCUUCUUUUCGGUUAAUGCCAGUGCUCAGUUCUGUGGGGUUGCAGAAAUGGUUGGACCUGUUGAUUUUGACAAGAGUGUGGAUUACUGGCAGCAAGAUAAAUGGAGUGGGCAAUUCCCUGUCAAAUGGCAUAUUAUCAAAGAUGUUCCAAACAGUCAGCUGCGUCACAUCAUACUGGAAAAUAAUGAUAAUAAGCCUGUGACUAACAGUAGAGAUACUCAGGAGGUGAAACUGGAGCAAGGACUUGAGAUGUUGAACAUCUUUAAAAGUUAUGAAACUGAUAUGUCAAUCCUGGAUGAUUUCGAAUUUUAUGAGGACAGACAGAAGGCCAUGCAAGAGCGUAAGGCUAGACAACAAGCUAGCCUCAUGUCUGUAGGGGUUGUUGGAGAAAGUGGGAAUAGAAACACUGGUACUUUAUCCAACGAAUUCAUAAAGCAGAUGUCUAAGAGCUUUGCUCAAGUUGUGUGCUUGGAUGAUGGUAAUAAGGAAGGCACUGCUAUUGAGAGAACUAGUUCUGCCUCUGAUGGGUCAAAAGUUACAAGGGUUAAACUUGAAGAUGUUAUCACAGCAGCAGCCUCUUCUGCUCAGGCAAGUUAAGAAUAAGCAUUCAGGGAGUUUCGGGCAGCCUUUGUUUACUGUAUGUGACAAACAUCUUUUUCAGCUUCUUUUUUUAAAAAAAAAAAAAUUAUUAUGCAAAGUUGGAUCUCUUAUUUGGUGAAAUUCUGUUGGACUGCAUCUGUAUUUGAACAAAGUCGUAUGGGGCUGAUUUGCUUCAUAUGUAAGAUUUGGCUUCUGAGUUUAACGGUAACUGUAGUCUGUUAGUUUUCUUUUACUUUCUUUUUCCUUCAACCUCUUGCUUUGAUUUCGUGGGUGAGAUUAGUGAAAGAUACUGGCUGAUAUCAUGCUUUUUGUAAAGUUGUUCAUCUUUCCAGGCAGUUUAAUAAAGAAUACAACAAAUGGUGUUACUGUAA